ACGGCACGAUGGUCGCGCAAGAAUGUGAUAGAGCUUCAACGGACGCCAUUUUCUUUCUUUCUUAGCUGUUAGCUGAGAGGAAGUCCCUGAACAAGCCGCAGCGGCUCCUAUAGAGCAACCAUGGCGGACUAUUCAACAGUGCCUCCACCUUCUUCUGGCUCAGCUGGUGGCGGUGGUGGCGGCGGUGGUGGUGGGGGAGUUAACGACGCUUUCAAAGAUGCACUGCAGAGAGCCCGGCAGAUUGCAGCAAAAAUUGGAGGUGAUGCUGGGACAUCACUGAAUUCAAAUGACUAUGGUUAUGGGGGACAAAAAAGACCCUUAGAAGAUGGAGAUGGCUCUUGGACAAGUCCGAGCAGUACAACACACUGGGAGGGAAUGCCCUCUCCUUUUAAAGAUCAACCAGAUGCUAAGAAAGUUGCUCCUCAAAAUGACUCUUUUGGAACACAGUUACCACCGAUGCAUCAGCAGCAAAGCAGGUCUGUAAUGACAGAAGAAUACAAAGUUCCAGAUGGAAUGGUUGGAUUUAUAAUUGGCAGAGGAGGUGAACAGAUCUCACGAAUACAACAGGAAUCUGGAUGCAAAAUACAGAUAGCUCCUGAUAGUGGUGGCCUUCCAGAAAGGUCCUGUAUGCUAACUGGAACACCUGAAUCUGUCCAGUCGGCAAAACGGUUACUGGAUCAGAUUGUUGAAAAAGGAAGACCAGCUCCUGGCUUCCAUCAUGGUGAUGGACCGGGAAAUGCAGUGCAAGAAAUCAUGAUUCCAGCUAGCAAGGCAGGAUUAGUCAUUGGAAAGGGGGGAGAAACUAUUAAACAGCUUCAGGAACGGGCUGGAGUUAAAAUGGUUAUGAUCCAAGACGGGCCUCAGAACACUGGUGCUGACAAACCUCUUAGAAUUACAGGAGACCCAUAUAAAGUUCAACAAGCCAAGGAAAUGGUGUUAGAGUUAAUUCGUGAUCAAGGUGGUUUCAGAGAAGUUCGGAAUGAGUAUGGGUCAAGAAUAGGAGGAAAUGAAGGGAUAGACGUCCCCAUCCCGAGAUUUGCUGUUGGCAUUGUAAUAGGAAGAAAUGGAGAGAUGAUCAAAAAAAUUCAAAAUGAUGCUGGUGUUCGAAUUCAGUUUAAGCCAGAUGAUGGGACAACACCUGAUAGAAUAGCACAAAUAACAGGACCUCCAGACCGAUGUCAACAUGCUGCAGAAAUUAUUACAGACCUUCUUCGAAGUGUUCAGGCUGGUAAUCCUGGUGGACCCGGACCUGGUGGUCGAGGAAGAGGUAGAGGUCAAGGCAACUGGAACAUGGGACCACCUGGUGGACUACAGGAAUUUAAUUUUAUUGUGCCAACUGGGAAGACUGGAUUAAUAAUAGGAAAAGGAGGUGAAACCAUAAAAAGCAUAAGCCAACAGUCUGGUGCAAGAAUAGAACUUCAGAGAAAUCCUCCACCAAAUGCAGAUCCUAACAUGAAGUUAUUUACAAUUCGUGGCACUCCACAACAGAUAGACUAUGCUCGGCAACUCAUAGAAGAAAAGAUUGGUGGCCCAGUAAAUCCUUUAGGGCCACCUGUACCCCAUGGGCCCCAUGGUGUCCCAGGCCCCCAUGGGCCUCCUGGGCCUCCAGGGCCUGGAACUCCAAUGGGACCAUACAACCCUGCACCUUAUAAUCCAGGACCACCAGGCCCAGCUCCUCAUGGUCCCCCAGCCCCAUAUGCCCCUCAGGGAUGGGGAAAUGCAUAUCCACACUGGCAGCAGCAGGCUCCUCCUGAUCCAGCUAAGGCAGGAACGGAUCCAAAUUCAGCAGCUUGGGCUGCUUAUUAUGCUCACUAUUACCAACAGCAAGCACAGCCACCACCAGCAGCCCCUGCAGGUGCACCAACUACAACUCAAACUAAUGGACAAGGAGAUCAGCAGAAUCCAGCCCCAGCUGGACAGGUUGAUUAUACUAAGGCUUGGGAAGAAUACUACAAGAAAAUGGGUCAAGCAGUUCCUGCUCCAACUGGGGCUCCUCCAGGUGGUCAGCCAGAUUAUAGUGCAGCUUGGGCUGAGUAUUAUAGACAACAAGCAGCCUACUAUGCCCAGACAAGUCCCCAGGGAAUGCCACAGCAUCCUCCAGCACCUCAGUGCAGGUUUGAUCCAGCCAGUAUAGAACUAGCUCUGUAGGGGUGAGGAGGACUGUGCUGUGUAUCAUCCUUGAUUGUGUUCCUUCAAGGAGCAUUGCACUGUAAGUACAUCAGAAUGACAAAUUGAUGAACUGCAACAGUAUCUUUUUGUCAAUGUUCCACAUAAUGCAAAUGCCAUACUUUGUGUGAAUAUUAUGUUGGAAUACAGUGCUGAUAUCUUGGAAAACCAUAACUGCUUCUUAAUUUAACAUAGAAUAAUACAUAGUUCUGUAUUUUUUUUUAAAGUGAGCUUAAUGGGUAAGUAUUUUUUUUUUUUAAUGUGCUUUAGCUAUAGCUAAAGAAAACUGAUACUUAACAAAGUUGAAUAGUAUUAUUCACUGGUGCUCCUACAAUAUUGAUUUUCAGUGUAAAAUAUGCAUAUCUUCUAUAUUUAAUAUGAAAAUCUUGAAAUGUAUCAGACAGGAGAUUUCAGUUUGCAAAUAAUGAGCAAUGUAGCAAUUUUAACACAUUUCAUAAGUAUGUAUUUUGUCAUUGGUGGGGAGCACCAUUUGUUGUUUCAAAUAUACUUUAAAGGAAGAAAUACAAGGACAUAAAUGUUGAGAUUACCUACAGAAUGGAAAUAGCAGUACAGUGUACCGUUCAUUGUAGAUAUUUGAAAUGUUUUUGAUUGUUUUAUAUGACCUAGAGUGAUUUCCCUUACCCUUAUUUAGAUUGGGAUAUUUAGUUCUGGUUUGAAGUUUAAUAGUUAAGGAGUUAGCUAUCUAUUAUCUUUAAGAGUAGGGUAUUGAUGUGAACAAUUGCAGUGUUUUGCAUGAUACUGUUUUAUAGAUGACCUUUUAGGAAAGUGGUGCAUUUAUUAAUUGAACUGAAGAAGUAGUUCAGUUGAAUUCAGUAUCAUAACUCACAAAUUGGAGGCUGUUGACUUUUAUUCAUUUAAGGUUUAAAAUCUUUAUUAAUUGCAAACAGUGCAAUUAUUUAUACUUCACAGUGCCUUCCCAGAUCUUCCACCUUAGGUUCUGCUGCAAAAAGCACCAGGUAAGCACAACCUAAGGACAUAUAUAAAUAAAUAUUUCAGUACAUUAAUGUUGUCCCUGUGAGGUUUUUGUGGUUGUGUAUUCAAAGGCAAUCUGCUACUGCUUCCCCAAAAUGUAUUUUGUUAUUUUAUGCUACCAUCUUAGUGGAAAGUCUGUAAGUUGUUAAAGCAACUGUUUACAUUUCUGGGUAAUGUUUUUUAUUUUACUUUUUUUUUUUUUUUUUUUUUAUAUAAAACAAGAAAAUGAUGAGUAGAUUGCUGCAGUAAUUGAACUACAUCCAAAUCUUUUUGUAUUUUUUUCCCAAAUAUAGAAGUGUUAAGAUUAAGAAAGGACAAUUACACAGUUUUCAAGAUUUAGAAAAUCACUUGUUUAGAAACUUCAACAGCCUUCACAAUCUGUUAUAUAUGAUUGACAGAAAAUUUCUUUGCCCUCCAAAGCUAUAAUUUCUUAAUUUUUUUUUUUCUUAUUCUUAAACUAUAAUAAUUCAGUAAGGAUAUUAUGGGUUAGAAUUUUAUUAUGGUUUUUUUCUUAGACAAAAGUUAUAUGCUGAAAAAGGAAAAAGUUAUAAGGCAGUAUGUUUUGAUAAAAGGCAUGUGCAUCAGUGAAAUGUUAACUGUAUAGCAAAUAACCUUUCAUAAUCUGUAGCAACCAGUAUUUUUCUGAUUUAAUAAUAUUUUAAUAACUGACGCUGCGUUAAUUUAAUUUUUUUUGCCAGUUUAAAAUGUUUGUGUGUUUUUAUAGAUGAUUUUAACUGGUACAUAUUUUGAGUUAAGAUGAAUGUAUGAAAGCAGCAUCUUAUCAGUUUUGUUUAUUCUAUUUCUAAAAUGUGCUGAUCCUUUUAAAACUCCUGCUUAUCUCUGCAACAAAGAAAAAUAUUCAAAAAUACUGCCUUCAUUUUCACACACAGUGCUGAAGAUGCUGCAAGCACCAAAUCAUAGCUCAUAAAAUCAGGUCCUGAGAUAGUUACCCAUAAAGAGGAAUCCUUUGAGUGUAUGCCAUUGGUGAGCCGAUGAGCAUGGACCAUAGAAGGGCUCAAUGUAGAAGGUAAAAUUGGCAAAUCAUAAUUGAGAAAUAUGAAAUGUAUUCCCAUACAUAUGGUAUAGGGUGUAAUGUACCUGCUUUUGAUCACUUUUCAUUUUAAAGUGCUAUUCACUUGAUCUUAAAUGUUCCAUGAACUGUUAAAUUUCUUAAGUUACGUAGUUACUACACAUUUAUGUGUAUGUAUGUUUUAAUAGUCAAUGAUAGGUAUAUAAGAUUGAUAAUUAAAGGGGCUCAUUGAAACUUAGGAGCCUGUUGAGUUUGGUUAGUCGUAGAUUGCAUUUUUAUAUUAAAAAAAAAUACAGAUAGAUGAAUGAUAAUAGAUAUUGGGGCAUUGUUUCUGUCUCAUAAGAAUUCUUUUAUUCAUUACCAUAAGCCUUCACUGAUACUAUAAGCAUUAUUGUAAAAGACGCUGAUCUUAAGUUUGAAAUAAAUGGAAAGCAGAAAAGGUGAGCCAGUUGAUUUGAAUGCAUUGGAUAUUAGUGUUAGAAACAAUGUUUAGUUUAGACUGAAAUUGAACUGACUUAUUUAACACUUAAACAAAAUUUGACAAUGUUUUUAAUUUUUUUAAGACAGCUUAGUGUGGUGAUACUUAGAAUUCUAUGGUUUGAUGUUUCUUUUAGAAAUGAGAAGUAUAGUUUUAUUUUUUUAAUAUCAAAAAUGCUUUUAAUACUAAAACUAGUAAUUUGAUACUAGUUGUUUCUAAACAUUGUAAAAUAUAUCUUUAAACAAAUUAUCUUGUUAGUUAAUUCAUAAGGGUGGGGUUGGGUAGGAAUAGCAGAGUACAUUCAGAGAGGGAAAGGGGAGUAAUUCAGAAGUGAUAGCAUUUUAUUUGUUUGAUUACUCUGCCAGUAAAAUCAGCUCUACUUAGAAAGUUAUCUGUUGUGUAGAAUAAUGAUGUAGAGUUUACUAGUCAGUGAGGAUGUCUUGUUUUUAUUUUCUGCAAAUUCUGCCUCAUUUUAAAAUGCAUUUUAACAAUACCUAAUUAAAGAUAAUUUUGGCUCUGAAAAUAACCUUAUUUUUUGUUGAGUUAGUGACUUCAUUUUUCUUGUCACAAUAUAAACUUUUGAAGGAUUUUUUCAAUUGGUGCUUUUAAUAAGCAAAUGAAUCCCAGGGUUUUAUUUUCUUCAGUGAUACCCCUAUAGAAAAAAACUCUUAAAUGUAUUUGCACAUAUAUAUAUAUUUUUUCUUAUGCAUGCUCGAUGCAUUUUCGUCCUGAGAAAAAUGUUCUCUACAGAAACUACCCGUGUGUAAAAAGAAGAUUGGCUUAAAAUGGCUACUGUGAUGGGAACAGUGUCUUAGGGAGAUGCAGCUUGGACUUGAGGUAAAUUGAAUACUUUACAAACUGUGGUUUAGAGUUUGCUUUUAUGACAUUGUAUGUAAAAGGUCACAUUGCUGUAAUUUUGUAUUCAUUAUGGUUUCCUCAAUAAAUAAAUGUACAUUGAUGAAUAUUA